UAGUGACCACAUUUUAGGUUUUUUUUUUUUUUUCUUCUUUUUAAGUCAUGUAUUUUUUAACUUUUUUUUUUUUUUUUGAUUCAACAUGUAUAUUUUAACUUGAUGAAAGCACUUUGGUUCCAUAAAAUUAAAAAAAAAAAGGCCACUCUGGUUAAAGAAAUAAAACUAAUUCGACGUUACAUACAGUUUUUAGAAAAAUAAAAUUUAUCUUAAAUCUGCUUCAAUAUAAUAGUAUAAGUGCCCUUUAAAAAAAAUUGUAUAAAUGCACAUUGUCAUUUAAUAUUCCCUCUGUUAAUAAUCUUUGAACACUUACGUUAAAAAACAUCUCCAAUCAAAGGUAAGAAAUUGAUGAGCAUAAUUGUAUUUAAAAGUAUAUGUUAAGAGUGAGACUAGUAUAGUAACUCAUAUUUACUGAAUGGGAAGGGAAGUUGGUUCAAUAAGCAUGAUUAGCAGAACUAGAAAAGGUAGUAGUACACCAAAAAAGAGUAAAGAAAUAUAGUUCUCUUAAUUUUUUUGGAACUGAUUAGUUUACUGGUGCUCAUAGAGUCAUAUGUUAGACAUGAAAAAUAAAGCACAUCAAUAUGUGUGUGUUGUCUUGAACACGUGGGAAAAGCCCUUGGUAACUAACAACCAUAUAAAAAAUUUGGAAAUUAUGCAUUUGAUGUUCAUCUUCUUAAAGAGUUCUUCAGUAAGCAAGUUCAAUACUUCAACACUAAGCAGAGAAAGAGAGAAAGAAUGUACAAGUCGAAGCUGCAGGAGCUUUGCCACAAGAAUCAAUGGGGUUUACCAAAGUACACCUCUAUGAGAUAUGGGCCAGACCAUAACCCUCUCUUUGGAGCCUCUGUUUCAGUCAAUGGCAUUUCCUUUGACUCUUUCGUCGUCUCCAAAUCUAACAAACAAGCCCAUAACCAUGUUGCCAUGCUUGCUUUUCUUCACUUCAAUUCUCCCCCACCUGAGGCUGAACAUGCUGUUGCAACACCUAUGGUUGAAGAAAGCAACCAGAAUCUUGAUAUUCGAUCGAAUGUUUCUGACUUGAAAAGUGAUUCUUCAACAAUAAUCAAAACCAACAAGGGAGAACGAAACAUCGAAGAAAAACUGGAGAUUCUCAAGAUGCAGUCAGAUGAUUUGGACAUCGGUGAUGGUGAGGAGACUGAAGUCAAGAAGCAACUGCAGAAAUAUGCUAGACAGAGAAAUUUCGGUUUGCCAGUGUACUUUUGUGAAUGUGAUCAGGGUCCUAAGGCCACUCAGUUUAAGGCAACAGUUACAGUUGGUGACCAAAUUUUUGAGAGCUCUGGAUCCUUCAACACUUCGAAAGACGCUGAAAGUGAUGCUGCAAAGGUUGCUUUAAUGUCUUUCUUAAUGGAAAACUUUCAAGAGGCAAGCACUCCAAAGUAGCUAAGAGCGUUUUCUUUUCUUCACAAAUCUUUAGAUGCUACAAAGCUUGGUGUUUUAUAGAACUGUAGUGUAUUUAGUUUUCGUGAAGAAUGUUUAGAAUGGGUUUCUAUAUUGCAAAGCUUGUUCUACAGCAUCAUAUCUGUGUGGAUGAAUGUAUAGAAAAUUGUAAGUCUAAUAUUAUUUAGGAGCUAAUAGUUAGAAUGAGUGGAGGAGACAUACCAACCAAUAUUAUUUAGCUCUCUAGUUAGAGGAUACUUUGGUAGGUUUUCUGCAUGAGAAAUGUUGUAAUGCUUAUUUAUGUCUGCAUUUUAGUUAUUUGUCAUAGAAAUAAAAAUAAUUAACUUGAUUUUUCUAUGGGUGACUAACAGGAGCACAAGCAUAAUAAUAAAGAUGUGCUUUAUCAUGAAAUGAAAUUACUGAAUUUCAUGAUAAAACACAUUUUUAUCAUGUCCUAUGUCAUGUGCUCGUGUGAGUUUUGAUCGAAUUUGAUUAAAUGCCUUACCCUUAAAAUUGUAUAUAUAUUUUUAUUAUUAUUAUUUGUAGUUGAAAUUAACAGAUGUUUAGGUUAAUAAAAUAGACAAAAUGUUGUUUGAUUUUUUAUAGAUGUAGUUGUUAGAUUUUAGACGUUUUUGCAUGCAUCAAUUUUGAUAUAGUUGAGUGGAGUUAAUGUAGGUCCUUAGUGAACAUACUCAAAAAUCAAGCUCCUCCUUCAAUAUCUUCAGCCCAAAAAUCUGAAUUCCAAAAUACACGCCAGAUUUGUGCACCUUGACUUCACGCCUGCUGCAGAGGGAGGAGAGGGUUCAUGACCGCACUCUCUAGUUAAUGACAAGAGCUUAAAAUUGAGCAGAGCU